CGUCGAACCGAAGCAGACCAAACGACGACCCUAUAUAACCACGGCCGCACCCUCCCAACCCGAACCCUCGCGUCGCCGGUGAUCCGAUACGUCGUCCGCCGUCUCCGAUAUCGUCGACUCGCCCCUGACCCCAGGCCAAGGCUUCGGCCCCAAUGGUUCUGCCGAACGCCCAGCCCGUGGACUACCCCAGCUUCAAGCUCGUCCUCGUCGGCGACGGCGGCACCGGGAAGACGACGUUCGUGAAGAGGCACGUCACCGGGGAGUUCGAGAAGCGAUACGAACCGACGAUCGGGGUGGAGGUGCGGCCGCUGGACUUCCACACUAGCCGCGGCAAGAUAAGGUUCUCCUGCUGGGACACGGCCGGCCAGGAGAAGUUUGGUGGCCUCCGCGAUGGAUACUACAUCAAUGGUCAGUGUGCGAUCAUCAUGUUUGAUGUCACCUCAAGGCUCACCUACAAGAACGUUCCCACCUGGCACAGGGACAUCUGCAGGGUGUGCGAGAACAUCCCGAUCGUCUUAUGCGGCAACAAGGUGGACGUGAAGAACCGUCAGGUGAAGGCCAAAAUGGUGACCUUCCACAGGAAGAAGAGUCUCCAGUACUACGAGAUCUCCGCCAAGAGCAACUACAACUUCGAGAAGCCCUUCCUCUACCUUGCAAGGAAGCUCACAGGGGACAUGAACCUCCGGUUUGUCGAAGAGAUAGCCCUCCUCCCCGCUGAAGUCUCCGUGGACCUCACCGCGCAGAGGCAGAUUGAGGCAGAGAUGGCAGCCGCAGCAGCGAUGCCCCUGCCGGAUGAGGACGACGAUAACAUGGACUGAGCUUAGCCAGAGGCGACCAGGCUGCCGUAGUUUAGUUCUAGCUUAGUAUAGAUGGUUUUAAGAGAGGCUUAUAUCUCCGUUUCAGAAUUUCUUUCAGUAGCGUUAGGUGAAGCUGGUUUAAUUCUGUAGUAGCUCUCGUCUACUCUCUCGGUGAUUGCUAAUGUCAGUUCGUCUCUUGGAGAUAUCUUGGAAGAGUUGUUGUUGGCUUGUGGCUUGAGUAAACAGAAGGCAUUCUAAUGGAAGGUUAAGUUUCUUCGUUA